AUGUGGGCCGGACUGCUUCUUCGGGCCGCCUGUGUCGCGCUUCUGCUGCCGGGGGCCCCAACCCGAGGCUACACCGGGAGAAAGCUGCCCGGGCACUUCGCGCCCGAAAGACGCAGGCUGGGGCCCCACGUCUGCCUCUCUGGGUUCGGGAGUGGUUGCUGCCCUGGCUGGGCGCCCUCUAUGGGUGGUGGACACUGCACCCUGCCCCUCUGCUCCUUCGGCUGUGGGAGCGGCAUCUGCAUCGCUCCCAACGUCUGCUCCUGCCAGGAUGGAGAGCAAGGGGCCACCUGCCCAGAAACCCACGGACCAUGUGGGGAGUAUGGCUGUGACCUUACCUGCAACCACGGCGGCUGUCAGGAGGUGGCCCGAGUGUGCCCCGUGGGCUUCUCGAUGACGGAGACAGCUGUUGGCAUCAGGUGUACAGACAUUGACGAAUGUGUAAGCUCCUCUUGCGAGGGCCACUGUGUGAACACGGAAGGCGGGUUUGUGUGUGAGUGUGGGCCAGGCAUGCAGCUGUCUGCCGACCGCCACAGCUGCCAAGACACUGACGAAUGCCUGGGGACUCCCUGCCAGCAGAGAUGUAAAAACAGCAUUGGCAGCUACAAGUGUUCCUGUCGAACUGGCUUCCACCUUCAUGGCAACCGGCACUCCUGUGUAGAUGUAAAUGAGUGUCGGAGGCCAUUGGAGAGGCGAGUCUGUCACCAUUCCUGCCACAACACCGUGGGCAGCUUCCUAUGCACAUGCCGACCUGGCUUCAGGCUCCGAGCUGACCGUGUGUCCUGUGAAGCUUUCCCAAAAGCUGUGCUGGCCCCAUCUGCCAUCCUGCAACCCCGCCAACACCCGUCCAAGAUGCUCCUGUUGCUUCCUGAGGCCGGCCGGCCUGCCCUGUCCCCAGGACAUAGCCCUCCUUCUGGGGCUCCAGGGCCCCCAGCCGGAGUCAGGACCACCCGCUUGCCAUCUCCUACCCCACCACUACCCACAUCCUCCCCUUCUGCCCCUGUGUGGCUGCUGUCCACCCUGAUGGCCACCCCAGUGCCUACUGCCUCCCUGCUGGGGAACCUCAGACCCCCCUCACUCCUUCAUGGGGAAGUGAUGGGGACCCCUUCCUCACCCAGGGGCCCUGAGGCCCCCUGGCUGGCAGCAGGGCCCUCUCCCUGCUGGCACCUGGGAGCCAUGCUUGAAUCUGGGAGUCGCUGGACAGAGCCUGGGUGUUCCCAGUGCUGGUGCAAGGAUGGGAAGGUGACCUGUGAAAAGGUGAGGUGUGAAGCUGCUUGUUCCCACCCAAUUCCCUCCAAAGAUGGGGGAUGCUGCCCAUCGUGCACAGACUGUUUUCACAGUGGUGUCGUCCGAGCUGAAGGGGAUGUGUUUUCACCUCCCAACGAGAACUGCACCGUCUGUGUCUGUCUGGCUGGAAACGUGUCCUGCAUCUCUCCUGAGUGUCCCCCUGGCCCCUGUCAGACCUCCCCACAGUCAGAUUGCUGUACUUGUGUUCCAGUGAGAUGCUAUUUCCACGGCCGGUGGUACGCGGACGGGGCCGUGUUCAGUGGGGGUGGUGACGAGUGUACCACUUGUGUCUGCCAGAAUGGGGAGGUGGAGUGCUCCUUCAUGCCCUGCCCUGAGCUGGCCUGCCCCCGAGAAGAGUGGCGGCUGGGCCCUGGGCAGUGCUGCUUCACCUGCCAGGAGCCCACACCCGCAACAGGCUGCUCUCUCGAUGACAACGGGGUUGAGUUUCCAAUUGGACAGAUCUGGUCGCCUGGUGACCCCUGUGAGUUAUGCAUCUGCCAGGCAGAUGGCUUGGUGAGCUGCAAGAGAACAGACUGUGUGGACUCCUGCCCUCACCCGAUCCGGAUCCCUGGACAGUGCUGCCCAGACUGUUCAGCAGGCUGCACCUACACAGGCAGAAUCUUCUAUAACAACGAGACCUUCCCGUCUGUGCUGGACCCAUGUCUGAGCUGCAUCUGCCUGCUGGGCUCGGUGGCCUGUUCCCCCGUGGACUGCCCCAUCACCUGUACCUACCCUUUCCACCCUGACGGGGAGUGCUGUCCCGUGUGCCGAGACUGCAACUACGAGGGAAGGAAGGUGGCGAAUGGCCAGGUGUUCACCUUGGAUGAUGAACCCUGCACCAGGUGCACGUGCCAGCUGGGAGAGGUGAGCUGCGAGAAGGUUCCCUGCCAGCGGGCCUGUGCCGACCCUGCCCUGCUCCCUGGAGACUGUUGCUCUUCCUGCCCAGAUUCCCUUUCUCCUCUGGAAGAAAAGCAGGGGCUCUCUGCUCAUGGAAAUGUGGCGUUCAGCAAAGCUGCUAGGAGCCUGCAUGGAGACACUGAGGCCCCUGUCAACUGUAGCUCCUGCACUGGGACCCCAACAGCAUCCCUCUCGAGGCCGGCGCUCCAUCUGCUCCAGCUCCUUUUAAGAACGAGCUUGACAAAAACACAGACUUUACCUACAAGCCCAGCAGGAGCUCUUGGUUCACACUCACCCGCUUUGGGGCCCACAGGCACUUUGCCAGGGGAGCCUGGGGCCCUCCCUCGACUCUCACCAGGGCCUUCAACCCCUCCAGGAGCCCCCACUCUACCUCUAGCUUCCCCAGGGGCUCCUCAGCCACUUCCUGUGACUCCAGAACACUCAUUCUCAGCCUCUCGGGCCCAGAUAGCGUCCAGGUGGCCGCCUCUGCCUGCCACCCUCCUGACAGAAGCUUCAGCACUUUCCAUGAUGGACCCCAGCCCCUCGAAGACCCCCAUCACCCUCCUCCGGCCUCGCACGCUUUCUCCCACCACCUCUAGACUCUCUGCAGCCCUGGCAGCCACCACCCACCGCGGCCCCCAGCAGUCCCCAGUGGGGGCCUCUCGGGGGGAAGGGUCCACCAUGUAAGUAGGUCACUGUGUCCGGGAGACUCUGGAGAGAGGACACUCUGCCAGUGGCCCAGGGAGUGUGCAGGGCGGCUCCAAGGGUGAACCUAGUGGGGAUGCCUGGGCUCCCUCCUGCAGGGGCCCUGGUGAGGAUGGAAGACCCCCAAGGCUGGAUGUAACCUUGUUCCCAAGAAGUGUUUGGAAUGUGCUGUAAGAACGGAGGAAGUGGUUUCCGCUGUCAGCAUCCUCCCUGGACCGCAUGGCCAGCUCAUCUUUUGAGAAGGGUCGGGGCUGCCAAGUUCUCCUGUAGGAAGAGUCGCGUCCGGCUGGGAUUCCACUCACUGGGACUGUACCGCCAGGUGUCGUGCGUCCCCCUGAGGUUUCCUGAUUAAAGGUUGUCUCCGUUUCCCCA